UCUGCCUCUCUCAUGUGGCUUUUGAAGUCAUCAGGCAUCAUUGCAAACCGCCCCUGGCCUCGAGUCUCCCUCACAGUCAUCACCACCGCCAUCAUUCUGACCAUGGCUGUGUUCAACAUGUUUUUCCUGAGUGACUCAGAGGAAGCAAUCCCUCCAACUGCCAAUACAUCGAAUGUAAAUUUGUCUGCCUCAAAUAACCAAGCGGCGACUCUGCGUGCGCAAAACUUAUUUUUCGUCCCGUACUUCAUAUACAGCUGCAUUCUGGGCUUGAUAUCCUGCUCAGUUUUCCUGAGGGUGAAUUAUGAGUUGAAAAUGGUGAUCAUGAUGGUGGCGAUGGUGGGCUACAACACCAUCUUGCUCCACACCCAUGCCCACGUUCUAGAUGCCUACAGCCAGGUCUUGUUUAAGAGACCAGGCAUUUGGAAAGACCUGAAGACCAUGGGCUCUGUGUCACUCUCUAUUUUUUUCAUCACACUACUGGUUCUGGGUAGACAGGAGUUAUACCACCAGUCCUAUGACUGUGUCUGCGUCAUGUUUGCCUCCAUUCCGGAUUUCAAAGAAUUCUACACAGAAUCAGAUGUGAACAAGGAGGGCUUGGAAUGCCUUCGACUCCUGAAUGAGAUCAUCGCAGACUUUGAUGAUCUGCUGUCCAAGCCAAAGUUCAGUGGAGUUGAAAAGAUCAAGACAAUCGGCAGCACAUACAUGGCUGCAACAGGACUGAGUGCUGUGCCCAGCCAGGAGCACGCUCAGGAGCCUGAACGUCAAUACAUGCACAUAGGCACCAUGGUGGAGUUUGCUUUUGCCCUUGUGGCAAAACUGGAUGCCAUCAACAAGCACUCCUUCAAUGACUUCAAACUGAGAGUGGGUAUUAACCAUGGACCUGUAAUAGCCGGUGUCAUUGGGGCCCAGAAGCCACAAUAUGAUAUCUGGGGCAACACUGUCAAUGUAGCCAGCAGGAUGGACAGCACUGGAGUGUUGGACAAAAUCCAGGUUACUGAAGAGACAAGCCUCAUCCUCCAGACGCUCGGAUACACAUGCACAUGUAGAGGAAUAAUCAAUGUGAAAGGAAAGGGGGACCUGAAGACGUACUUUGUAAACACAGAGAUGUCGCGGUCCCUUUCCCAGAGUAAUGUGGCAUCCUGAAAAUGGCACACAUUCUGGCAAGAAGAUUGUGCUUUCAGGAAGGUACCAUGCACUUUCUGACUGCAACCCUUUCCCUCAUUUUGAUGUAUGUGCUCUGUCCCAUACUCUGGAGCCUUUGCAGACUAGUUCGUAUGACCCAGUGGCAUACCGUUUGGUGUCUGAUUUGUGCCCAGAAUGUCCUGCCACUUGCACUGUGCUUACUCCUAAGCAGGAGGAGAAUGGAGCUCUCGCAGAUGUAAAGCAAUCAGAGAACUGGCAAAGAGGAGAGAGGUGAAGCAAACACAAAUUCUUAAGGCAAUAAAACUGGGGGGUGUAUAUUAUCUUCUGGUGCAUGUUCUUUUCUGGAAAAUAUGGUAGCUCGCCAAGUGCAUCCACUAGUCUGAUAUUCAAACCCACAGUAUUUGUGAAUAAGUUUACUCCGUCACCCUACGUGGAGUCUGUGCUCACCCGACCGUGUGUCUCAUUGCCAGUGGUCAUCCACGGGCCUCUGCGGGGACCUGUGGUUCUUGUCACCUUGCUCUGUUGUGCCUCGUGACAGCAGCACAUUGCCAUUCAUCACCAGAACUAGUCCUCACAGCCAACAACCAGUUUUGUACCAAACUCGUCUGAUGUUUUGAUGCCAUUUGUCUUUUGUAAGGUUAAUUCAUUAAAAGUUUUAUGUACUUUGGUUUGCAGUGCCUGUAUCUUUUCACUUUCCUUUCUUUUUUUCUCCUGUGGUUUCCUGCAGAAUGGAAGUUUGCUUUCCAUCGUUCUCCCUUUUGACACAGUCAUUUCAGGUACAGCUCUGCAGAAGGGCACUGAGAUACCUGUGAAUAAUUCACAUUGGGGCAGAGUUUGCUAUACAGAUAAUUAGAACAGGAGUCCCUGGUAAGAAAGAAAUGAUGCUCAAUGUAUCGAAUGUUUUUUUUUUUUUAAAUUUAGCUAUCUUUUGAGAAUACUUUUAGGCAAAAAAUAUUUCAAUAAAAAUUCUGUGCAAGCUACAGAGCCCCUCUGUACACUAGGCACUUGUCUACAGUAAUACUUUGUUAGAGCUAGCAGACUCAAGCUGCAUAAGAAUAAGAAUAAUCUGGGAUCAGCUAUGUAAAUUUGGCAUCACAACAGCUUGAACUAACUGAGCGAAGCUGCUAAGCCCCACAAGCUGCCUAUUAUGUGUGGGGAGGCUUAAGAAGACUUGGAGCCAGUGUUCAUGCACUUGUCAAGAGGAAAGACCUGGGAGAAUUUGUCCUUGAAAACCCAACUCGAAAAUUGUUUGAUUUUUUCCUUUUAACAUAAAGAAAUAAUACUUCGUCAAAUGAUGAAAACAGAACAAUUGUGCAUACUGAAUGCUUAAAAGCAAAACUGCAAAUAGCAGCCAGAUCGAGCAAACUUGGUUUCUUAUUUUAGUUCAGGGCAGGCAUCUGUAGGAGGCAGAGGACCCGGAUGAGCUAUUAGGAAGCAGUUUAUUAGUGGGAACUCAGACUUGAAGCAAAAGUCUUUGGCUCUGAUUUUUACCAACUGUGGGACUUGGAACACAUCUCUUAAUUCCUCCUAGGAGUACUUUCCUCCUUGAAAGCUCACGGGACCGGGUUGUGAGUAAAUGAGCUAAUGACUGGGAGACAGCUUGGCAGGUAUCCAACUUGCUCUUGCCAGUGUGUCCACAGCACACACAGCUGUUCUGCCAGGACUUUGACUCAUUACUGUCCUUCAUUACCCAAAUGUGAAUAUAGCAUGACUUUUCCAAUUUUCUGCCUCUACCAGGAAUUUUUUGAUCCUCUAAUCACAACUCAGAAUUGGCCUUAAUACACCCAAAUCUACAAAAAUAAAGGUGACUGAAGCAAGAAAUAUGAUAUAAAAGCAUUUCUCUUUCCUCGUAAACCUUAGCUAGGAUGACAUAGGAUUUCAGUGAGUUCAAAACUGGACUCAUUAAUAAAUUGUAUUGAUGGUCAGCAGAAGCACCUGGUUGUCCUUCCUCCCUUACAUCCUGUAUCCCAGGUCACUUUAGGUCACCUGUCCUGAUACUCAACAACAGCUGGAUGAUUCACCAUGUUCCCUCAAAUGGACAGUGAAUUUGGAUUUGUGGUUAAAAGACCCCAAAAGAAGAAUUAUUUCCCAAAGUUAGAUCACCAGUCUGACCAUUCAAUAGAUUUGAAAGGAACUGAAGUCAUUAUCAGAGUCAACCUUGCAAAGGUCUGUGCACAUAUAGGUCUCUCCAUGUGUAGCAUUAGCAUCACUGGGAAACUUGUUAGAAAUGCACAUUCUAGGGCUGUGUGCAUAGCUCAAGUGGUAGAGUGCCUAUCUAGCAAGCUUGA